UGCAUCAAUGGCCAAAGUCUUUGUUAAUCGUUAUUUGCCAGAACCGAUACUGGACACAUUUCUCAAAUCAAACACUCAAAAUUCCUGUCUUGUCCGACCCCAAACAAGUCAAAGCAACACGAACUCUCGCGCUCUCUCUCUCUCUCUCUCUCUCUCUCUCUCUGUGAGUUCCUGAGAUAGCAAGACAUAGAGGUAGGUCUCUGAGUUGCCGUGCGUUUGGCAAGAAUAAGAUGGUUUUGUUGGAAUCAAUAGCAGAAGCCAAAGGUUGCUUUCCUAGGAACUUGCUGAUUCUCAAUAUUGCUCUGGCUUCCAUCAACGGCUUUCUUGCUACCAUUGCAUUUUCUCAGCUAAUCAGGAUUCAUAUGCGGAAUCAACAAAAUGGAUGGACACGCCAAAAAGUACUCCAUCUCAUGAUUGGCUCUUCCAACUUGGGUUAUUUUGUAUACUUUGUAUCUACACUUGUUGCUACUUGUGAGGGCUGGCUUUGCUGGUCUAAUGGUUGCGGAUUUAUACUCAUGGCGUACCCCAAAAUUUUGUUUCUUGCAGCAUUUCUCCUCCUCCUAUCCUUCUGGGUUGACCUUUGCCAUCAGGCAAAAGAUGAAGAGGAUGAUGAUGAUGAUGAAACUAGUAUCCAACAGGCCUUGUUGGAAAAUUUGAAGAGUAAACCUAGGUCAUCAAACACAGAUGGUCACUGGAGAUGUUGCUCACUCCACGGCAUUCAUGUUGGAAGCAGGCAAAAAUUUGUGAUUACAGUUGUUGUGCUUGUUUUUGUAUUAAUGAUGUCAUUUGCUGCCAUAAUCUGGAUUGGUGUGGGCAAGAAUCCUAUCAAUUCUGCAGUGGUUGCUCGGGUAUAUGAAGAUUUGCUUGCUGUAGCAUUCCUUUUUCUGGGAGGAGCAUUAGGUUGCUACGGUCUUAUGCUGUUCUUUAAAUUGAAGAAAGUACGGUCUGAGAAAGCUUCAUCAGAGAUGUGGAAGGUUGCUGGUUUAGCAGUUGUCUCUGUUGUAUGUUUUGCGGCAAGUACUUCAGUUGCUCUUCUGACAGAUAUUCCUCUUUUUUACCACUGGCAUCUGAAGAAAAUAAAUGAAGUAAAAGCACUUGCUCUUCUGAUUUUGUACUACUUUAUAGGUUCUUGUGUGCCCUCAGCUUUUGUGUUAUGGAUCAUGAGAGAAUUGCCACCACCAAUAAAAAAAGUUCAUAAAGAAGAACAAUCAAGAGCAGUAACUUUUAUCAGCUAUGGAGCUGCAGUCCCACAGCAACCUCUGCGCUGGGCUACUGCAACUAGUUCAAAGAACCAGGCAUCAAGGGCAAGUCCCAUAUGAGUAAAUCUUAUGGAGGCGGAAUUCAGAAAGCGUGGUGCGUUGGUCUAGAAAAAGAAAUGCUGGAAACACAAACCUAGCGUACGCAAUGAGUUGUAACUUGGGCGGUGCAUUCCAAAUUUAUGAACUAGCUGCCUCAGCCUUCCUUCCUUACAAAGCACUCAAAAGGCUGAUGAUACCUACAUACCUGUGGCUGCCACUGUUUUUCCAGAUUCGGUGCAGUGUACAUAGUUGCUUGUGGAGGUUACUUUUAACUUUUCCAAAUGGAAGCUUACGUCAUAUUGUAAAUCAUCCUACGAUGAUUGGUAGAUACAUGCAGCCACUUAAACCUAUCUUGGAUACUAAAGUUAAUGGUUUGUGUUAGGUUAAUGGUAUAUAGAAGACAAAACAGUUAAGACGUGUAAAGUUGUUGCAAUAUUUCCUUAUCUUGAGUUUGGAUGAGGGAUUUUGAUGUAGAAUUUUACUUUUAAGUUGUAA